AUGGAGCGGAUACACCUCAUCGAGCACGCAACCUCGGAAGAUUACAACCAUAGACCCAUAGAGUCCAUCACAAGAGUAAGCAUCAGUAUGGGUAAGAAGUUCCGCAAAGCUCUCCUCGCCUUCAUCGACGGCAUCCCGGACCAUAAGCUCGAGGGCGGUUUGCCAUCUAUCCAGAAGACCAUCUACGAGGACGACAACUACAGACUGGACAUGCAGAAUUUAACGACCGGUCCGCCCAAGUGCUACAACAUCCAAGUUCAGGUAAACAGGCAUGCCCUGUUCACCUCGGCGCGUAAGGCAGGUCAGAAGGGAGCCACCGUAGGUAAAGUUUUAGUGCCCGUUGAAGAGCCGUGGACUGCGUGGAUGAUCAAAGAGACGCUCAAGCAGAGCUGCAUUGACUUUGGUGAUCAAUCGAACCAGUUCUAG